AUGUCCGACGACCAUGAGGGCCCGACCGAAAUUGUCAGCGAGGACGAGAAAGAGGACAACGAGAUACCGGAGGAGACUGCUGGAGAGGGAAUCCAGCAGCCUCCCACUCAGGAGGAGGUCGUCGAUCUUGGAGCAGGAGUAGACAAGUACCAGACCGUGGUAGAGAACGUCUUCGAGGAGCUGCAUCUGCCUCCAGAUGUCUCGGCAGAAGCCCAAGCGGCCUGGCAAACGUUCAUUGGUAUGGCCAGCUCGCGAGAAGCGGCAGGCGAAGCCAUCUAUGCAGCCCUCUUUGAUGCGGCGCCCAGCCUUCAGAGCCUCUUCAAAACCGCCAGGUCGGUCAUGGCCUUGCGUUUCAUGAACGGCAUCAACUCCAUCAUCUCGGUGAGUGACAAUCCGCAGUCUCUGAAGAUGCAGGUGGAGACGCUGGGCUUCCAGCACCUCGACCUGGAAGUCACGGCGCCGCGCGUGGACAUCUUUCGCGAGGCCAUCGUCGAGCUUCUCGAGAUGGAGCUGGGGCCACGGCUGACCUCAAAGGGGCGAGUGGGCUUGGCGGUCAUACUGAACUAUGUCGGAGGCGCAUACAUCUACAUCCGCCGCGAGUACGCCGGACGCAUUCGGAUCAUCCAAAGAAGCUGGGCGACUGCCAACAACAAGACCGAAGACGACGAGAUGGUGGCUGGUGAGGGCCUGAUUGAGCAUCAGCACGGCGAGCAAAAGGAUGAUGGCUCUGCCCCGAAAGGCGCCGACAACGCUGCUGACAACGGCGUGGUUGGCAAUGCCAACGCAGGCAACAAUGCCACGAUGUCAGCGCUGCGCAGCUCCAUGGAAGCCCAGGGAAAGCUGAAGACCAGCAACAUGAAGGUUCCCACGACGUUCAACGAGAUGUUUCUCUUCAAUGCCGCGGUGAUGGGGUUUGCUGAAAGCGGAUGGAUGAACUUGGUGUUGGAGCAGUUCGAUGCCAUUGUGACAAACGUCGCCAACUCCUAUCGUCUUCAGGAGGAGUGCGACGUCCUCUCUCUGGUCCUGUCGAAGUACCUGGGUGGGCACAUCGGCCUGCCAGAGUUCAAAGCCGUCAUGCUGGCUUCUUUGCGGUCUCUGGUCCCGAAGGACUGGGACUCCGAGCAUGAGGUCGCCUGGAACUGGCUGUGGGAGAAUGUUGAGCGCAUGCUGAGGGCGCACAUGGGCAAGCCACAGGUGCAUGAGAAGGCGAUCGAGAGGUUCAUCGUGGGCCUCUCGGAGGAGUCGAUCGGCUUCUUGCGGCGCGAGGUCUACAAGAGGUUCUUCCAGCUUGCUCCGGCGGGCCAGGACCACUUCAAGCAGUCAACCACGCGGCUGCACUUCAUCGCAGAUAAGAUCAUCGAGAUGACAGUGGAGAUGUACAAGCAGCCGAAGAGGAUGGUGGAAGACAUCUCUGCUCUCGGGCUACGCCACGUCGGCUACGCCAUUCCCACGGAGCUCUUCUCCCCGUUCGUGUCUGGAGCGGUUGAUGUCGUACGGCUGCUGACAACGGAUGGCAAUGCGGAGGAGGCCUUCCGGUGGUCUUUGACGCUGGUGUCCAAGAUCUUGGUGCGCACGAUCCUGGAAGGCUCAACGGUUGUGAUGAAAGCCGUGAACACCAACUCGGAGAAGGCCUUGCGCAAGGCCGUGAACGUUGCCCCGCGAGGGCGCCGUGCCACGGACCUCCUCAACAUCACGGUCGGGACUCAGUCGAUCUCGCCGCUGUACUGGUCCAUUGAGAGCGGCAGCCUCAACUGCGCCAAGGCGAUGAUUGACGACCUUCUCACCAUCCGCGCUGAUCGUGACAACUACUACUAUGGAUGCGACGCGUUGUUCGGACGUCAUCCAGAAAUCAUUCACCGCCUUUGUGCAGAUGCCCCCACCUUGCUGCCUUCCUUACUGGACGGCUUGGUGUGGCGCUCCCGCAUUGCCUCAGGAGGUCUGCGGAGGGUCAACUUCUAUAUCAAGCAUCUCGUGCAGGACGAGAACGGCUACUUCAAUCAGGCGCUGGAGUGGCUCGCAGACUUCAAGGAUCCCAAAAUCAUCUGCCACUCUGUGGUGGUGUUAUUCGCAGACAUCAUUUGGAGUCGGCUGGCCAUCUACCUUUUCAUGAUGGGGAGAUGCUACUUCCUCUUCAUGCUGUGCCUGUUCAUCACGAGUCAGGCCAUCAUCCCCAGGCUCCAGGAGGGCAGCAACCACACCGUAGAGCAGGACAUCAUCCUCUUUGUGUGCCGCACGCUCAUCUACUUGGGCUCCAUGUGCAAGCUGCUUGUGAGUCAGAUCAGGCUGCUCUUCCUGGACUGCAAAGCCAGGAACUUCACCAGGAUCUUAUGCAUACCAGUGCCCUCAUACCUUUGCAGCUUCCAAGAGGCUGGCAACCUGGCUUUGGCACUGACCCUGAUCGUCAUGUGCACGCAAGAGCCCAUCUUCUACUGCCUGGGGACGCCGGAGUUCCAGGAGACCCUCUUCACCCCGUACUGUCCUGCGUCGCUGGACAAGAAGGAGAUCUACUCACUUUUCUCAGGUAUUGGCAUCCUACUCUACUGGGCGUUGCUCAUGGAUUUCACCAUUUUCUCGAUGCGAAUAUCCGCCUUCGUGCUGGUGUGUGGUCGCAUCCUCGUCGAAGUUGGGCUUUUCUUGAUGGCUCUGACCUUCUUCAUCCUCGCGUUUGCGACAUCCAUUAGCGCUCUGAGACAUCAGCUAGAAGACUUCUCAGGCAUUGACACUGGUAUGGUCUCGCUCAUGAGCAUGGCCCUGAACAUGUAUCCAAUGUCCGGAUACGUCUACAUCAAGGACGAGGGCUGGGUGCUUGGAGCCGUGUGCUUUUUCAUCAUAAUCAUCUCGAUCUUCUUGAUGAACCUCUUGAUCGCACAGCUCAACCAAGCCUACCAGGCGGUGUACGAAGACAUGCAGGGCUUCGCCCGCCUGAACAGGGCGUCCGUCAUCGUGACCACCAUAGAGGAGGUGAACUCAAAACGCUGGGGCCGGUUCCUCAAGAGCCUGAACUUCGAGUCGCCCCUCGAGUUCCAAGAGGGCGACAUCGGCAUGGCAGGUGGCGUUCAGGUGGCGGAACCUGCAAACGCGAAUCCGACCACGGUCGACCGGAUCAAGCGCUUCGGUGGGUCAACCUCGCCGACUAUGCCAUGGCCAGAGGAGGAAGAGGACGCAGAUGAAGAUCGUUACGAUCGACUCGAGAAGCUGAUCAUUCGGACGACGAAGAACAUCACCGGCAAAAAGAAGAGGGGGACCGGCGCUAGCUCCUCCAUGGGGGCCUCCGGCGCCACAGGCGACAGCGCCGGCCGAAGUGGCUCGUCACAGGGCUCUGCAAGCGCGGAUUGA